UUGGUGUUCAAGCUGAGCCCUCACCACUUCCAUCUUUUCGUGCUAGCUAGCUUAUUUUCCACCAUUUGUGUCGCAGGUAAUAAUCUAACUAGCUAGUGCGACAAUAAAAUAAACACAAAAAAAUAAAUAAAUGGCUUUCAGCGGUACCCAACAGAAGUGCAAGGCUUGCGAUAAAAUUGUUCACUUCGUCGAAAGCUUUUCUGCCGAUGGGGUCUCUUAUCACAAAAACUGCUUCAGAUGCAGCCAUUGCAAUGGCCUUCUCGCGAUAAGCAACUACUGCUCCGGCGAUGGAAUUUUAUACUGCAAGGUGCAUUAUGAGCAGCUUUUCAAGGAAACUGGCUCCUACCCCAAGAGAGUCAAUUCUUCUCCAAAGCCACCAAACGAGCUGAAUAGGACACCAAGCAAAAUUUCUGCCUUCUUCUCUGGGACUCAAGAUAAAUGCUCAAAAUGCAAGAAAACCGUCUAUCCAUUGGAAAAGUUGACAGUGGAAGGUGAGUUUUACCACAAAUCAUGCUUCAGGUGUGCACAUGGAGGGUGUUUUCUGACUCCUUCAACCUAUGCUGCUCUCGAUGGGUUCCUAUACUGCAAGCCACACUUCUCUCAGUUGUUCAAGGAGAAGGGAAGCUACAGUUAUCUGUCGAAGCAAGCUUCAUUGAAGAGAAGUGAAAUGCUACAACAAGAGGCUGAGGCUGCGGCGGCUGCGGCGGCGGCUGCGGAGAGUAAGAAGGCUGCAAGUAAUCGCUCAGAGUCAGAGUCAGAAGCAGAGGCAAAGGCAGAGACAGAAACAGAAACAGCAGAGGCAGAAACAGAGGCAGAGACAGAGAAAAAGGAAGAUGAAGAGGAACCUAACUCUGACAAAGAUCAGUAGAUAACAUAUGAGUUCUACUGGGGGGGCUUUACUGCUAAGUGUUUCUUUGCAUGAUUAUGAUCUUUCUGGCUCUAACACAACCCCAAAACCCCAAUAUUUUUGCCAUUUUCUUCAUUCAUUCAUUCAUUGGGGUUGGCUUGUCUCUUUCACACAAGGGCUAUUACAAAAAACUAUAAUCACAAAUUUGCAAACAGUUAGUGUAGACUGUAAAUCGUUAAGCCCUCUGUUUUUUUCUGGGCAUGUAGAUGCCUUUCUCGAGCCAUAAGUAUAUUCGUUCCGCUGUCAUUUUCCUCUUUAAUUCUGUGUUAAGAAACAUACACCACAUUUCACCAAUGAAUUUUUAUCAUCUCACUUCAUCAUCAAUUACCAUACCAAUCUCUUUUCUCUACUUCUUUCUACACACUUUUACCU